CCUCCCCACGGCGCGGCCCCGAGCGAGCCGGGUGCAUCUCAGGCUCUGCUCGCUGCGCCCCGCGGGGUUCAUGUGUGCUGCCCGCGCCCCCGGGCCUUGCGGACGCCCAUGCGGCCCCCCAGAGCCGCGCUGCAGCCAGUGAGCUAACCGGGGAGACCAUCUCACGCGCGGGGCCAAGCAGAGGGGAGGGCGAGACGGAGGGGCAACCUCUUUGGGACUAACUCAUGAAGAACAAGGGUGCCAAGCAGAAGCUGAAACGAAAGGGAGCCGCCAGUGCGUUCGGCUGUGACCUGACGGAGUAUCUGGAAAAUUCGGGACAGGAUGUUCCAUAUGUAUUGAAGAGUUGUGCAGAAUUUAUAGAGACUCACGGCAUUGUGGAUGGAAUCUAUCGGCUUUCGGGGGUCACCUCAAACAUACAGCGGCUAAGGCAGGAGUUUGGCUCAGAUCAAUGUCCAGAUCUGACAAGGGAAGUGUACCUCCAGGACAUCCACUGUGUGGGCUCACUCUGCAAGCUCUACUUCAGGGAGCUUCCCAACCCCCUCCUGACUUAUGAGCUCUAUGAGAAAUUCACGGAGGCAGUGUCACAUUGCCCGGAAGAAGACCAAUUGGCCCGAAUUCAAAAUGUUAUCCAGGAGCUUCCUCCAUCCCAUUAUAGGACCUUGGAAUACCUGAUCCGACACCUGGCCCACAUCGCCUCCUUCAGCAGCAAGACCAACAUGCAUGCCAGGAACCUGGCCCUGGUGUGGGCCCCAAACCUCCUCAGGUCUAAAGAAAUUGAAGCCACAGGUUGCAAUGGAGACGCAGCCUUCCUUGCGGUCCGGGUUCAGCAGGUGGUGAUUGAGUUCAUCUUGAAUCAUGUGGAUCAAAUCUUUAACAACAGUGCACCUGGGUCUCUGGAGAAUGAUGAAAACCGGCCCAUCAUGAAAAGCCUGACCUUGCCAGCCCUCUCCCUGCCCAUGAAGUUGGUGAGCCUGGAGGAAGCUCAGGCCCGGAGCCUGGCUACCAACCAUCCUGCUCGGAAGGAAAGGCGGGAGAAUAGCCUGCCUGAGAUUGUCCCUCCUAUGGGCACCCUCUUCCACACCGUCCUUGAGUUGCCAGACAGCAAAAGAAAGCUCUCCAGUAAAUCAAAGAAGUGGAAGUCAAUAUUUAACCUGGGACGUUCUGGAUCAGACUCCAAGUCAAAGCUGAGUAGAAAUGGGAGUGUAUUUGUGAGAGGACAGAGGCUCUCAGUGGAGAAGGCUACUAUUCGACCAGCGAAAAGCAUGGACUCGCUGUGCUCAGUGCCCGUGGAAGGGAAAGAAACCAAAGGAACUUUCAAUCGAACAGUUACCACCGGUGGAUUUUUCAUUCCGGCGACGAAAAUGCACUCGACCAGCACUGGCAGCUCAUGUGAUCUCAGCAAGCAGGAGGGCGAGUGGGGCCAGGAGGGGAUGCCAGCCAGGGCUGAGGGGGGCUUUGAUGUGAGCGGCGACCGGAGCCCCCUGCAGGGCGCUCAGGCCCGGCCCCCGCCCGAGCAGCUGAAGGUGUUCCGGCCCAUGGAGGACCCCGAGAGCGAGCAGACAGCCCCGAAGAUGCUGGGGAUGUUCUACACCUCCAGCGACGGCCCCAGCAAAUCCGUCUUCACCAGCAGCCUCUUCCAGAUGGAGCCCUCGCCCCGCCACCAGCGCAAGGCCUUGAACAUCUCCGAGCCCUUUGCGGUGUCCGUGCCGCUCCGCGUGUCAGCUGUCAUCAGCACCAACAGCACCCCGUGCAGAACACCCCCCAAGGAGCUGCAGUCUCUUUCCAGCCUGGAAGAGUUUUCUUUCCAGGGGUCAGAGAGUGGAGGUUGGCCUGAAGAGGAGAAGCUGCUGGGAGCUGAGGCUUCUACAGCUUCUGCACCUAAGAAGGCAGCUCCCGAGGAUGCCAAGCCAGUAUCCGAACCAGUGGGAACGGUGGAAUACAGCAAAGGCCUUCCCCUGCAGCCAGACAUCCAACUGCAGGAGCAGAAAUCCUUGGAAAUCUCCCUGGGCUAUCAACAUUCAAGUGAAUUAGAGAAGCGGCUUGAUCCAGAGAAUAUGGCGGAGGAAGGUGGAGAGGCUGGCCAAGUGGAGCCCAGUGCUCUGCACAGGAGCCCCAGGGUCAGAGCCGAGGCCGUGUUUCUCCAUGAGAUGGAUGAAGAUGAUCUGGCCAGUGCCCUGAUCUGGCCGGAGAUUCAACAAGAGCUGAAAAUCAUUGAGUCUGAGGAGGAGCUCUCCUCGCUGCCACCACCACCUCCAGAGAUCAGCCUGACUCAGCCAGCCCCUGAGUCGAGUCCAGGCCCUUUGGCUUCCCCAGAGCCAGCCCCAGCCCCUCUGGAGGAGCGGAACCGGGACCCAAGCCAUCAGAGCACACAGGCGGCUUCGCCUGCAGCCAGUAGAGAGAAGCCAGAGCCCAGCAGCAGCCUCCAUAGGGGCGAGCCUGAGAGCGGCCCGUGCCCAGACCCCACCAGCCCGGCUCCUCUGGAAAUCGUUCCAUUUGAGACGGCUUCUCCACCAGCAAGGGUAGAGGUGGGAGGCUCGGGAAAGCCAUCUCCUCCCCUCCUGCCAGCUCCUCCCCCUCCAGCUCCUCUAGAGGAGGUGCCUCGAGUCCCGCUGCCCAAGGGCAGCCCUGAGAGAGAAGACCCAACCGGAAAUUUGAGGACAAAUCCCUAUUUCGACCAGCUGAAGUCCAAAGGCAGCCCUACCACCCUCAUUCUUUGUCAAGGAGAUGAGGCCGCCCCAGGACAGACUGAAAAGCAAAAUCCAAAGAAUGCUGCUUUCCAGGUAAAAGACCCUGGUUGUCCGAGCUCAAGGGAGGUGGAGAUCGCCCUACAAGGAGAGGGGGAUGUAGCCCAUUUUGUACAGGAGCCCUCAGACUGUGAUGAAGAUGACGCUGUGACGGACGGUGCCCAGCAUGGCCUGGAGAUGGUAGAGCCCUGGGAGGAGCCCCAGUGGGUGACAAGUCCCCUGCACUCCCCCACCCUGAAGGAUGUGCAAGAUGCCCAGGUGCAGGGCCCCCAGGGCCACCGAUUGGAGAAGAGGCUGUCCCACAGGUCCAGCCUUCGCCAGAGCCAUUCUCUAGAUAGCAAAACCAUGGAAAGGGGCCAGUGGACUCUUAAGGCUCCCUCCUCCAGCAGCUGUGCUAAUCUUGAAACAGAGAGGAAUUCUGACCCCCUGCAGCCACUGGCCUCCAGGAGAGGGGUGACUGGAUGGGAGGAGAACGACCCGAGGUCCUUCAGAGAGUUUUCUGGCCUGAAGGAGGCUGAGGCCCUUGCCAGCCAGAAGGGACCAGGCGAUGUGCAGCCGAAAGCAGCAGAAACUGGCCCUGUCAGUCCCACAGAAGGAAAGGAGCUGGCAGCACACCUGGGGCACGACAACCUGCAGAUUGAGCAAGGCAGUGUUUCUGGGCCAGAGAGCAGCAAGGAGAGUUCACCCAGCGUGCAGGACAGCACCUCGCCUGGAGAGCAUCCCCCCAAGUUACAGCUGAAGAGCACUGAGUGUGGGCCCCCAAAAGGGAAAAAUAGGCCUUCUUCCCUCAACUUGGACUCUGCUACUCCCUUUGCUGAUCUCGUCCGGUUUGAGAAUGUGGCCUCAUUUGGUUCACCUGGAAUGCAGUUCUCUGAGCCGGGAGACUCAACGGUAACAUGGAUGACCUCAUCCCACUGUAAUGCAGAGUGCUGGAGGGUCCACUCCCAAGACCCCCAGGACCUGGACAUUGUUGCUCAUGCCCUAACAGGCCGCCGCAACUCGGCUCCUGUGAGUGUGUCAGCUGUGAGAACCUCCUUCAUGGUCAAAAUGUGCCAGGCCAGGGCAGUCCCGGUCAUCCCACCCAAGAUUCAGUACACACAGAUCCCACAGCCCCUGCCCUCCCAGAGCUCCGGGGAGGGUGGGGCUCAGCCUCUGGAGAAGAGCCCAGAGGAGCCCAGCUUAACUGGUGGGCCUGCUCAGCAACCUGCCAGAGAUGAUUCUCCCCGCUCCUCGGAAAGCCCAAAGGGAGAAAAACCAAAGCAAGAUACAGGAGUCACUGAGUCUUCACCGAUGAAUGCUGCGGCAUCCUGUGUGAGUGAGGGACCCACCCUUUCUCCAGAACCGGGCUCGUCUAACCUCUUCUUCACCCAGGACGCAGUAGUGCAAUGCAGAAAGCGAUCAUCAGAGACAGAGCCAUCUGGGGACAACCUUCUCUCGUCAAAAAUAGAGCGACCAUCUGGGGGCUCUAAGCCUUUCCACAGGUCAAGGCCAGGAAGACCUCAGAGCCUAAUCUUAUUCAGUCCUCCCUUCCCUAUUAUGGACCACCCGCCCCCGUCAUCCGCAGGGAUAGAUUCCAGGGUCAUGCUGUCCCCUAUCAGAAGUCCUAUCCAGACAGUUUCCCCUGGCCUUCUUUGUGGGGAGCUGGCAGAAAACACAUGGGUCACACCAGAAGGGGUUACACUUAGGAAUAAAAUGACCAUCCCUAAGAAUGGCCAGAGACUAGAGACUUCAACCAGCUGUUUUUACCAGCCCCAGCGGAGAUCAGUGAUUCUGGAUGGAAGAAAUGGGAGGCAGAUAGAAUGACAUCAGUUCACCUGCUGGUGUCGGAAGAAUGUCAUGAUUCAUCUGGAAGUUACUACAGGGCCAACUUGCUAUUAUUCCAGGCAGAGGCUAUCCAAGUUUGGGAUUAUUUUGGCCUCUGAUUCUUUUUUCAGUCUUUUGACCAUUUAUUAAUUAUAGUCCAUUUUCCAGAAAAGUGGUCAAGGGAAGGACCAAGAGAUGAAAUUUAGAAAAGUCCAUAAGAGCAAGUAGGAAAGGGUCACACAAGGGAAGAGGCUGACAUGCUUGCCCCAGUGAAAUUUGGGGCUUGUUUGUGAAUGGAUUACUCCCCAUUACCAUUAUCUAUUACUGUUGAGAGCUGGCUGUGAUAAUGUCCUUUGAAAGAAAGAGAAAUUCUUUUGCCUGUGUUGGAAAAUGUUGCUAUGGAGAUUUAAAGGUCUCCUCUUUACUUCAUGCUUUCUGAUGCUCUUUAAGGCAUAUGUUCUUUCAGACCAGUUUUCUAACAAGCUUUGUAGAAGUGUACUAUCCAGAAUAGAAGCAGAUUUGGAAAUGCAGACUAACAUGCACUUAGAUACCCAAGUGGGUGAAUUCAACCCAUGCUCCUUCCCUGGAAUCUCUGCAUACCUGUUCAAGAUGUCUCCACAUACCUACAUAGAAGCUCAGAAUUUAUACUCAAGAGCAAACUCUGAGACUGGCACAAUCCAAGAAGACAAUGACUUUUAUUAAUCUGGAAUUCCAGCUGCCACUGUACUGACCUCUGAUUUGUAAAACCAGUAGCUGGGAGGAUGGGGACUGAGAUGAAGGUUACCUCAGUGAAACAUGCUGAAUUUUCAUUUAGGUGUGCAAUAGCAAAGUGAAGUUAUCUGCUUCCUUUCCCACACCAGAAUCCAAGAGCAGGAUGUCAUCACAGAAAAAAGCCUCAAACAUAAGCAGAACUGUGCUCCAAACUUAAUGUUUUAACUGGUGCAGCCUUAACAGAAAACACCUCUAGCUCAGCUUCACUCGUCUUGUACACUAGGCUUGGACCCGGAAUACAGGAGAGGAUGAUCGGGGGUCCUAGGAGGGGAUGGAAGAGCUCUAGGCCAGUGGCCCCCCCAUUACCACUCCAUGAGAGCUACCCUUCUUGAAAACGUAUUUCAUUUUAGCCAGUGGGUCCCUUCCUUUUUCCCUCUCCCUCCACUGCUCAAGAGCAGAUUUGAGGUACCACUCUCCCCUCAUCCACCAGCCAUUCCCAGGCACUCAUACUGUCUCCAUUUGCAAGCAGAAACAAUAAACCAAUCUGGUUUCCUUUUAGUUAUUUAAAACUUCCGACGGUCCUUUCUUUUUCAGCUGGAGAAAGGAAGGAGAACUAAUAUAACCUGCUGGCAGUUUUGGUGCUCCCCCAAAAGGGCUUCACAAGAGCCCUUCUCAAGGCAAAACCCAUCAAUGUAUCAAUUCUUUCAAACCUUCUAAGACAACCAUCUUGUUUGAGAAACAAAAGAAAACAGGACCUAUUUUUAGCCCUGUGCACCUCUUUUUAGCUUCAAGCUUGGCCAAACUCGGUCCAGAAGCUCAGUCACUGCAGAAAUUUCUCUAAGGGCUAGCAAUCCCUCUGGGCAGACCCCUCAGCCAAGGCUGAUGCAGGGCAGGGUGGGAACCGAUCUGAAGUUACCUCCUCCAACGAGAAACUGGGAGCAGAUCCCCUGCCACAGAUGGAUAUUCCUCUCUUCUUCCCUGAAGAGCCUUACAAACAUACGAGCCAGAAUCGACUUGACAGCAAUGGGUUUGGUUUUUAUCUUUUAAACCAGUGUCUGUGGCAGGGGUGCUAGGGAGUGUCAGGUCAGCUGAUGAGUUCUGUCUUCAGAGAGCACUAAGAUAGGUGAGCAAGGGGAGCAGUUGUUAGGCCUUUGGCCAGUGUUUUUGCACUCUCCUUGGGUGAGCAGGACAUGGGAUCACAACCAAUGAGAUGUCAACCAGUAGGAUACGAUAGCCUUGGUCAUAGCAUUUUUUGCGCCUAGUCAAGCAAGGGGAAGAAAUAUAGUAGUGAGAGAUGAGGAAGGUCAUGUUCAAGAGAUUGAAAAGCACAUUCCUGCCUUAUCAUAAAAUGUGGCAGACAGGCUUUAUGUCAAUCUUGGUGUACUUGUGGUGUCUGUGCUUUGAUAAGGACCAUGUUCCAGUUAGAAUGUGAGAGGGAGGGGACCACACUUUGCUUCACCAUCAGAACUCUGAGCCGAGUAAUGAACUAUUUAAGCUGUUUUAUGAUUAUUUUACAGUCUUGUCUGUAACACUUCUAGAAUAUAUUUUGUUUUGGUAUAGACUGAGAAGCUACCAUUUACAUGUUAACAAUUCUAAGGGCUGAGGCACCUAUGUAGAUUUAUAAAAUGGCUGCCAUGUUCCUUUAGGCUCUGACACCUUUCAUUUGCAUCUUCAGGAGUGUGGGUGUGUGGAUGUCAUCAUGAGACACCCUGACAAGUGUCUGGAGAUAGCCCCUCCUCUGAGCCUUCCUAGCCAGUCAAUUCCACUAGGCCUUGGAAGCUGACUCACCUGCAGUCAGAGUUCUGCUGCUAAAGCAUGGGCCUCUCCUUUGACUACCUCCCAGCCUGCCAACUGUCACAAAUAUAUUCAUAAACUCCCUGUGGGCUGGGGCUAGCCUUGUGCUCAUGAAAUUCCAUUCCAUGGUAAAGAAAACCCAUUUUACUUUUUCCCCCAAGUUUUUCCCUAAA